GGGGUGGGCUUGUUAUUUCCUACCACCUGUUCCUCUGUUAUCUCUAAUAAAAGACUGAAGUCAGUGAGGAUGCGGGGUCAGACUGUUCACUGUUAGUCCUCUUCCCUGUUCUCUGCAUUGCAUCUCUGUCUCCAUUCUUGGCAUCUCUGGUUGGUAGUAUGACAAAUUGUGCCCCGUGUGAGGAGUUUUCAGGACAUCAGGAAGCAGCUCCCCUAAGCCCGAGAAGGGAUUUUGGAUGGCCUCAUCACCCGACUGAAGUCAGCAAGGAUGCGAAGUCAGACUUAGCUGUCUGUGCUCUUCCCUGUUCUCUGCAUUGCAUCUGUCUCCAUUCUUGGCGUCUCUGCAAUGUGAACAAUAACAACAUCACAAACAGGAAAAGUUUUGGAUACUGUUCUGCUGUUCGUCAUGACAGAAUCGCAGAUGCAUUAUAUGCGGCAUUGCUGUCAACCCCUGAUGUUUUAUGUUUUGUGCUCAUGCUCGGGGCCAGCGCCAUGCUCUUCAUCCUGCACAGGCACCAGCAGAGGGUCCAGCACCUUCACAGGACCCACGUCUCAUCCCGGUCCUCCCCUGAGUCCAGAGCCACCGCAACCAUCCUUCUCCUGGUGAGCACCUUCCUCUUUUUUAACACCCUCUCAUCCAUUUUUCACAUUAUUCUGGCUGUUUUUCAUAAUCCUACCUGGUUCAUUUUGACGGCUAAUUCAGUAAUCACUCUGUGUUUCCCAACUGUCAGUCCCUUUCUGCUCCUCAGCCGUGAGCCCAGUGUCUCCAGGCUCAGCUUUGCCUGUAUAAGGAAUACAAAAUCUCCUCAUCUUGGGAGAAACAUGUAA